GUUCAUUAUUUCACAGGAACAUUACUCUUCUUGUUAAUUUCAUUACUAUUACCAUUAUAUCCUGUUAGAGUGUUACAUUUGUUUUGUCACUAUUGAAACAUUGAAAUCAUAUUGGAACAUUGAAAUUAAUAAGACGAAAUCAUACUCAAUGAAUAUGACUGAAAUAGUAAAUAAAGCAAAGGAUGAAUUAUUAACGUGUGAUAGUUAUGGUAAUUUAUUGGACUUCUCUGAAAAGUCAGAAGUAGUUCAACAGGAGCCAAACUUUGGUUUCUUAUUCGAUAUUGACGGAGUACUUGGUCGUGGGUUAGAAGUAUUACCUCAAGCAGCGGAAGCAUUUAAAUUAUUAUGUGAUCCAGAACAAAAAGAGCUACGUGUACCUGUAGCAUUUGUCACUAACGCAUCUGGAGAUGCUUCAGCAAGAGCUCGUAUGAUUUCUAAAUGGUUUGGAAUCAGAAUAUACACUGAUCAAGUAAUUCAAGCUCCAAGCCCACUGUCGGUUUAUAAAGAAUAUCAUGAUAAAUGUGCUUUGUUCAUUGGACAAGGAAAUAUUACUGAAAUAGCUAAAGAACUUGGAUUUACAAAUGUUGUAACCCUGGAAGAUGUAAAAGCUGCCUAUCCAUUGCUAGAUAUGGUUGAUCAAAUCAAUCGAAGACGUGUUAUUAACGAUCCACCUGUGCCAAAACCAAUGAAAAGGAUUGAAGUCAUCAUAUUAACCGGUGAACCAGCACGAUGGGAAUCAAGUUUACAAUUAUUAGUCGACUUAUUAAUGACUGAUGGUAAACCAGAUGAAGUACCUGAAGUAUUUCCAGAAGAACACUUACCAAUAAUUGCAUGUAAUAUGGAUUUAGUAUAUAUGGAUAAGGCUGCUUUACCAAGGUUUGGUCAUGGAGCCUUUCUAGUCUGUUUACAAACUUUAUAUCAACAAUUAACUGGUUAUAAAUUACGUUAUACAUCAUUAUUGGGUAAACCAAGUGAAAUUACAUUUCGUUUUGCUGAGCAUAUAUUGAAUUUAACAUCGAAACGAAUGGGAUACAAGAGACCGAUUGAUCGUUUAUACUUUUUAGGAGAUAAUCCAGAUGUCGAUGUCUUAGGCUCGAAUCUAUACAAUAACUUUUUACGUCGAUUUCGUCAUUUAUCUGGUGGAGAUAAAUCUCCAGGUGAAGGACACAGUCAAUAUCAAAAGGUUUCUGUUGCAGGUUCGCGUACUGUACCACCAAAUGCAGCAUUUUUACCUCAAACUGCUAGAGGAAUUGACUCUAUCUUAGUCAGAACUGGAGUAUACAAGCCUACACCUGGAGCAAGAGUACACUAUUGUCAUCGUGAUUUUCAAGGUGCAGCUGAUCUUGUCUUACCAACAUUUGAAGUUGAAGAUUGUUUAGAAGGUGUUGAAUUAGUUCUUGAUAUGCAAAAAUUUCAUCCAAGUAAAUAAUCUCAGCAGUAAAAAUAAAACUAUAAUAACAGUAAUCAUAAUAAUCUUAAUUUCAACCAAUAAAAAAAUGACAACAAAUCAACUCUGGGAGUAUAUUUAGUUAGCCAUCACACUAUUUUUUUUCUCUUUCUUCUUGUUUUCAAUAAUUGACUCAACAAUUUCUGAUUCUUAAUGGAACAAGUUGUCUACUUUAUUAAGGAAUUUAGAUAUCUUUAAAAACUGCAAACAAAGCUAAGCCUUGAAAACAUAUUAAGUAACAUGUUAAAUGAUUCAGUGAGUUGCCUACUCAUGCUGCAAAAGAAUUUAUCUAUGAAUCAGUAUUACUAUUAUUAAUAGAACUAUUAUAAUCAUUGCCCUCUUCCUUAUUAUACGAUGUAUGCUAGAUGAAAAAUUAAUAUAAAUUCCCCGCAGAAGGUAGAAAUAUAUCCACAUAUUAAGCCUAUAUUGGCGGUGUAUUGGUGAAUGGUUACUAAAGUCUACUACAACACACACACACCCCAGCCCUGAUUUGUUUUACCAGUUUUACAUUUAUUUCUCUCUAUUUUUAAUUUUAAAAUAAGUAAUAAAUGUUUUAGUUACUAAAAAGAAACAUACAAUUACAAUACA